UCUUUUGUCCAAACCGAGCCAAAUCGCCACCACUUAAAUCUGCGCGAUUCAUAACGAAUCGCCAUAGUUAAUCGAAGCAUUAAACCAGGGAAAAAAAAGAGAGGAAAAAAAAAAGAGGGAGGGGAGCAGGCACGAGGACGAGACUUGGAGAGGGAGGGAGGCCAUCCCAUUCGCGGGCUGGUUUCGGGUCCAUUCGGGCGGCGCCGCACACGCAGCAGGCAGAGAUCAGCGCGGGGCGAAGCGUCAAACCCAUCUCCGCAGCAGCCGCCGCCGCGGGCAUCACUGGCAUUUAGGAUGGUGGACAAGAAUGAUGGGUCAGAGGGUCUUAAAUUCAACACGUCGCACCUGAUUCAAACAACGGAAGAGGUCGCAAGAGCAUUUAUCGCUGCGGCUUCAGCUGCCACUACACAGUCUACACGGCCAUCUGUUGUGUAUUCUUCCAAAGAUGAGAGUGGCAGCCCAAUGCAGAAGCUUCAGCAGCAAUUUUCGAAAAUCAUGAAAGGUUUUUCAUCCUCACCAGACCUGUCUGGACCUUACAAUCCAGAAGUGCUUACAACGCAAAAACGGCAGUGGUCAAGGUUCCAGCUGAAGUCAUUGGGUAAUAGGUGCAUCAGAGAACCAUCACAUUUGUUUGAGAGCAUAGUGAUUGUUGGGCUUCCACCUCAGGCAGAUAUCCAUGAGCUGGAAAACAUUGCACUAGGGAGAAAUGAUGAGGAUGGAAAGAGAUCAAGAAAUUUAUUUAGCAAUAGCCACCACCAAGUUCAUGCAAUAUCAAAUUUGGAACCACAGGUUCUUUUUGCAUACCCUCCCGAGAAGCCUCUUCCACUCAAGUACAAGGAUACCCUCUCUUUCUGCCUUCCCGGAGGUGUACAGGUUCAUGCUGUCGAACGGACUCCUUCAUUCAGUGAGUUGAAUGAAAUUCUCCUGGGGCAGGAACAGCUUAAAGAAAGCAACCAAUCAUUUGUGUUCCGCUUACAGGUUGCUGAUGACUCUACAUUAUAUGGAUGCUGUGUACUAGUUGAAGAGAUCGUACAGAGACCAUCAAAGCUGGUAUCGAUGCUCAUGAAUGAAAAACCUGUCUUUCCACGCCGGAGUCGCUACAUGAUAACUACGAACCGGUGUUAUUGCAUCCUGUCCAGGCUUCCAUUUUUUGAACUGCAUUUUGGGGUGUUGCAGAGUAUUCUUAUGGAAGAACGGCUUGAAUGGCUCACAGAUGGUGUUAGCAUCCUAACUUCCUUAUCACUUGAGGAAGCCUGUGAGGAGAAUGAUAUCUGUGAAGGAACCGAAGUUACAGCGAAACAGUACUUAGAUGCUAACACAACUGAUAUGGAUAAAUCAUCUGAAUCAAGCACGGGAGUUUCGUCGAAGGAGCUUUCUGAUACUGACAGCAGUUCUGGGUGUAAGGACACCCAACUUGACUUUGUUUCUAACGAAGGGGAACAGCAAGAUAAUUCUUGUGUUAAAGAACAGAGUGAUCUUGAAACGGAAACUGCCAUUCAUUGUGAUACCCCCAAAGUGUCUGAUCAUUGUGUUCCAGAAGAUACAUCAUCGGAUCAGUCUGAAGUUAAGCCUCAUGAACUUGAUUCUGGUGCAAGGAAGAAUUGUGAUGAUUCGCCACAGGGAAAUGAGGGUGAUGAGCAGCUGGAUCUCUUUAUUACAGAUACUAUUUUACCACUUAUGCGUUCUCGCCUGUGUGAAGAUUGUGAAUCAUCUCCAAGUUCACAGGAUUCUCCUUCUGAAGGCAGAAAUCUCAGAUGUGACACCCAGGACUCUGAUUCGGAGGAGCCAUCUUCCAUUGGUCACGGAGACUUAGUUAGACACAACAACAUACUGCAGUGGGCUAAGGCAAAAAAAUAUGGUUCUCUGCAAGUUGUCUGUCAGUACUACCAGCUACAGUGUCCUGCCAGGGGUUCAUCACUUACUUUUCAUCCCUUGGAGCAUUUGCAUCCUUUGAGUUUUCACCGGCCAGGUGAAACAGUUCUUCAUAUUGCUGGUUCUACUAUUGAGCUUAGGUCACGGGAUACAAGCCUAGAGGUUGCUGAGAUGCGCAAUGCACUAUUUGCCGAGGAGGAAUCGACUGCUUUAUCCACAUGGGCAGUGGCAUCCAUAUGUGGAUGCCUCAGAUUGGAACAUGUAAUGACACUUUUUGCUGCUGCACUCCUGGAGAAACAGAUUGUUAUUGUCUGUUCUAACCUGGGAAUGCUAUCGGCUUCAGUUUUGUCCAUCAUACCUUUAAUACGCCCGUAUCAGUGGCAGAGUCUGCUCAUACCGGUACUUCUACUUUUUUUCUUCUUCCAAAUUUGGCCUUCAUAUCAGCUUUACAGUUACUGUAACCUUCUUAUCUUCUGUUGCAUCAUUGUUUUCCAGGUUUUGCCGAUUGACAUGAUGGAUUUUCUGGACGCACCAGUUCCCUACAUAGUUGGUGUACAGAACAAGGCAUCUGAUGUGCUCAACAGGCUAGCAAAUGCUGUAGUCAUUGAUGCCAACAGGAAUCAGAUCAAGUCUUCUUCAGUCCCACAACUACCGCAGCACAGAGAGUUGCUUGCUUCCUUGCGUCCAUAUCAUUCCAUACUUGUUGGAGAAAGUUAUCUUGCAAGAAAGCGUCCCGUUUACGAAUGCACGGAUUCCCAGGUGGAAGCGGCCAAAGGUUUUUUGGCAGUGCUUAGAGACUACCUUGAUACACUGUGCUCGAAUUUGAGAUCUCAUACAAUUACCAAUGUGCAGUCUAACAAUGACAAGGUUUCCUUACUUUUAAGAGAGAGCUUUAUUGGUUCUUUCCCGAGCCGCGAUAGGCCGUUUAUGAAGCUUUUUGUGGACACACAAUUGUUCUCAGUACAUACAGACCUAGUUCUCUCCUUUUAUCAAAAGGACUAAGUGUCUGUUACAGACUUGAAAGUCUGCCUCAUAUUGCCAAGCCUUUAGGCGCUGAGCUCAACUGUACAUAUCGGUUUAGAAAGAAUGAGCUGCCUUCAUCACUUUGGCAGCUCAGAGAUGGGUUAAGAGCUGCAAUGGACAACUCAUAUACUGUCCAGAAAAUGGUAGAUUAUCAGGAUCCAGUUAUGGAUAUUGAAGAAGAAUGCCCCUGUAGCUGUUGUAAAUUAGUCUAGUGUGGUGACCCGCCAUCUAAGAUUUUGUAGGCAGUACUAGGAGGUGCCAUAAGAAGCCUUCUACUGAACCUACAAUGCCUGUGCUGUAAACUGUAAUGGAGCCAUGCCUGCAGCAAAUGUCCAGAGGCGAAUGUAUUCGUUUGGCGAGUAAUCAAGCCUGCAACGUGUCAUCCAAGAACUUGCUGUAAUCUGAAGAAUGUCAAGAAUCCAAGACACAUACAGUUCCAAACUGGGGCUUGUAGCUCUUUUUGCUUGAGCUGUAAGUUAACGUGUGGUAUUUUUUCUCCUAAGCAUCAGUGUCAAAGUGCAGCUUGUACCCCAUUUUCUUACAUGUGAUACAAUGUUUGACGUCAGUCUAUAUGUGGUAAUUUGGUAAUAUCCACUUGUGCGUCAGUGUAAUGUUCUGAUUUCGCUGUCAGCAAUGUAAAUCGAACGAUGUGGUAAGUUCCAACCAUACAAUAUGGCAGCAGACCAGCAGUGCCUUCCUUUGAACUGGUCAUUGUAGUGUCAAGGGCGCUAUGUCAGCAAUGUAAAUUGAACGAUGUGGCAAGUUCCAAGCAUACCAUAUUGCAGCA